AUGAAGUUUCUCACAAGGCACAAGACGCCAUCUCCUUUUAAUACUAUGUCUUCCGUCCCUCCAUGGGAUCGCCGAUGGACCUGCUUGCGCUGGCUGGGGUAUCUUACCUUCCUGAUCACUGUUAUCCAGACUAGCUCAUAUCUCUUUGGGCACCCGGAGACAAACCUUGUUCAAGUUGUCUAUGAUUCGUUCCAUCGUCCUGGAAUUCUUCGGCCUGGUCAAUAUCAUGGGGUCGUUGAUGUUGGGGACAAGGUAGCAGACGAAGACUCAUCUGAGCCAGAUGCGAUGGGUAUGGCACAUGAUCGGAGAGACAAGCGAUUCUAUCUAGGCGGUACCUUAACCCUAACCAGUAUCGAGUCUGCCAAUGCCUCGCACCCAGUCCCACUUAUCUACGAUCCAUACCCAGCAUACAACAGUCGGGAAUGGAAGAAGCAGUUCCGUGGAAAGUUUCGACCCUGCCUUGGCCCCAGGGGUCGUGAUCUCGAUCGCCGGUCUGCAGAAGAUAUGAUCCAAGUCUACAAGGGCCAACAAGCUGGGUUCCCAGCACCACGAUUUGGAUCUUACGAGGCAUUGGGUCUGGAUGGAAACAUUUGCACAGACCGGUACUCACGCUUCGGGGCAUACGGAUAUGACGACGAUGGCGAGGACGAGGUACCGGGCUUCAUGCGCCCACCCAUGGUGCCGUGGUGCGAGGUCGAUUGGCACAGACUACAAAACCUCUGCCUGGAAAGAAAUGCAAACAGAUACGAGUCAACUGAGACUGUGAACUCCUCAACUCAAAGUCCACUGGCCUUUGACCUUCCACAGGGUCCUCCUAAAUCAUGGGAGUCACCUGUGGGUGCUUCGGGUGUGAAGCAGUUCCAACCUCGCUCGGUACUGUUGAUUCGGGCUUGGAAUGGGCUCGAUUGGAAGCCUCACCAUCGCGAAUAUAUCCGGGCUUUGAUUAUGGAACUUUCUUUGCAUUCUGGGGGAGAGUAUCAGAUCUAUAUCUUGUGCCAUGUCAAAGAAAACGAGAUGCCCAUAUUUUCUGAUAUCACUACCAUCAACCGGCUCAGGAGUUCCAUUCCCAAGGAAUUUCGGAACAUGGCUCUGUUCUUCAAUAACAAACUCCUGGAGGCCUGGUAUCCAAAAAUAGCAGAACACAGUCCCCAACUUCAACACCACCAACCUCUGCAAAUAUUCUCCCAACUCUAUCCCCACUUCGACUACUAUUGGCAACUUGAGAUGGAUGGUCGUCACACAGGACACAUCUACCACUUCUUAGACCGAGCGGUCUCAUUCGCACGCCAACAACCCCGCAAAUACCUUUGGGAACGCAACGCCUACUUCUACACCCCCGGCGCGCAUGGCAACUGGAGUCAAUUUACGCAAAUGGUGCACGAAAGCCUAUCCGAUAAGUCCAACCGCACAGUCUGGGGGCCAGUAUCCCGCACAGGAAUCCGGCCACUGGGCCCGGAGCCGCCAGUGCCAUACCCAGACCAAGACAACUACACCUGGGGCGUGGGCGAAGAAGCCGACUUCAUAACGUUCCUGCCAAUCUUCAAUCCACAAGACACGCAGUGGACAUUCCCGGACAAAGUCUGGAACUUCAAAUAUGGCGAGGGCACACCGCGCCGCGCCGCAGUCAUCACAAUGGGCCGGUACUCGAAGCGUCUGCUCGAUCUGAUCCACCACGCACAGGCGACAAAGGGACUUGGUCUUGCGUCGGAAAUGACGGGUUCGUCCUGGGCUUUGUUCCAUGGUCUCAAGGCCGUGUAUGUUCCCCACCCUAUCUAUGCGGAUGGCCAGUGGACGCCGAAGGAACUGGCGCGCAUUUACAACCCCGGUCCGCCGGAGAAUAUCAACGGGGGUCCCGACAGUAUUUGGAAUUUUGAUCAUAUGUUUGAUCAUAUCAUGUACCGGCUCUCGUAUAUGUUCACGACGCAUAGCGCGGAGGACUUGUACAGACGCUGGCUGGGGUUCAGGACUGCGGAGCAUGAGGGUGGGAAAACGAUAUCCGAGGACCGCUAUGGGCGACAUUGCUUCCCGUCUAUGUUUCUUCAUACAAUCAAGAACACAGCUCAAGGGAUGGGCCCAGACAAGGCUGUUCCGUGA